CAAAGAAUAAUCAACUUCUAAUAAAAGUCGGUUUCCGAGAAACAGAAUAGUCAACUUUUCACACACACUUUUUUAAGAAUUCCACCAAUUAAUCACAUUAAAUGCCGUAUAUCCACAAUAUCAAUUCUUUCUAUGAUCCAGGAAUUAGCUAACGCCGCCAAUAACGAGAAAAUUAGAGUACAAGUAUAAUUACAAUCACCGAUUAUACAAAUUCACAUAUUUCUAGAUUGUUCUUCGCUUCUCUACUGUUUUAUUUGUGAAAUUCCAAGUUUUUCAAUGAGGAGGAGCAGGCAAAACAAGCAAAAAUUUGCUCAACGCCGCCAAGAUGAGGGAAAUUAUAUUGUAAAACCUUUGAAUGAAGAAAGCCAUGGAAAACAAUUACCAAAAUUUGGUAAUCAUGAAAAUGGUAUUGAACGAAGUCCAACAUCUUCAAUUUCAAGUUUGAAGACCUUAAAUGAAGGAAAUUUGAAAUGGGUGUCUAAAAAUCGAAGCACCCAUGUGGAAAAAUCUGAUCUUGGUGUGAAAUUUGACAUGGGUGGGUCCAGUUAUAGUGAAAAAGAAGGUGGGUAUGAAGUGAAUGAGAGAGAAAGUGAAAGAGGAGAGAGAAGUUGUAGAGAUGAGGUGAAAUUGGUUGUGGGUGGGAAGAAGAUUGAAGGUGAAGGUGCUGGUAGUGUUGAUGAUGUUAUUAGAAGAUUGGAAGAAUUACAUUUUGGGGUAAAUGAGAUUGAAUUGUCUAAAGAACAGAUUGAGAUUAAUGAUCAGUGUCAAGAGGAUGAGUUGCUUGCUAUGGAGUCCAUAUAUGAGGACAAUGUCUAUUUCCUCGAGAAACAACGAGGCAUGCGAUCGUUCCAGAUUUACAUACACAUUGAACUUCCUAGUGAAUAUCCUGUAUCAGCAAAAUUAGAUGGACAAUCUAAUACUGACUUCAAAUCGGAAAAUUCAGAGGAUUUCUUAUAUACUUUCAAAGUCCAGUAUCUGUCCCCUAUUAUUUUGAGCUGUUUGUUGCCUAGAUCAUACCCAAGUCAUAGUCCACCCUCUUUCACAAUUUCAGCUCGGUGGUUGCAUAAAUCUAAAAUUUCCGAGCUUUGCUCUGUUCUAGACUCAAUGUGGAAUGAGCAACCAGGACAAGAAAUCUUGUUUCAGUGGGUAGAUUGGUUACACAAUUCGUCCCUUUCUCACCUUGGUUUUGGUGAAAAACUUAUGCUUGGACCGUAUGAUGUGAAAAGUUCUUUAGAUAGACGUGUUCUCUCCGGAAUUGUUUCUCCGGACGUUGAUAUACCUUCUAUGAAGAGUUACAAUGAAGCAACGCAACGUGAGCACUUCGUCAGCAAUUCUCAUGAAUGUUGCAUUUGUUUCAGCGAGUAUGCAGGAACAGAGUUUUUGACAUUGCCAUGUCAUCACUUCUUUUGUGUGAAGUGCAUGAAAACCUAUGCUGAUAUGCAUGUGACAGAAGGCACAGUAAACAAGCUGCAAUGUCCCACUACUAAAUGUGGUGGCAUGUUCCCGCCUGGUUUAUUGAAGCGACUGCUAGGCGAAGAAGAAUUUGAACGCUGGGAGUCAUUGAUGUUACAAAAGACCCUUGAAUCAAUGGCUGAUAUCGCUUAUUGUCCUAGAUGUGAAACUGCUUGUUUGGAAGAUGAAAGUCAACAUGCUAUAUGCACUAAGUGCUUUUUUAGCUUCUGCACUUUUUGCAGAGAGCGGCGCCAUGUGGGUGUAGCAUGCAUGACACCAGAACUGAAAUUGAAAUUUUUGGAGGAGCGGCAAAAUUCAUCCCUUCUCAGGGGUAAACAAAGACAAAAGGAACUUGAUAUGAUUAAUGAAAUUCGUAGUGUGAAGGAAAUACUAAGCAACUCGAAGCAGUGCCCAUCCUGUAAAAUGGCUAUUUCUAGAACUGAAGGUUGCAACAAGAUGGUGUGCGGCCAGUGUGGGCAGUACUUCUGCUAUCUUUGCAGCAAAGCUAUUAGUGGAUAUGAACAUUUUAGAGGAGAUGGAGCCUGUCAACUCUUUCCAGAAGAAGCCAUUAUUCGAUGGGAAGCACAAAUUAUUGAUCCUCGAGUGUUGGGUCAGAAUGUUGCUCAAGUCUUUGCUGGAAACGCGCAACCUUGUCCCAACUGUAGGCAGAUGAAUGCUAAGGUUGGAAACAAUAAUCACAUGUUCUGCUGGGCAUGUCAAACCCAUUACUGCUACCUCUGCAGACAGGUCGUGCGACGUAGCAAGUUACAUUACAGUCCGAAUGGCUGUAAGCAACAUACCGUUGGAUAGGAGAAUAGAUUAUGGAGACAGAUAACAAGCGAUUUUCUUGUCGUGUCUCCAUUUGCAAAUGUCUCGAAAUCAGGUCAGACUUUCUCCUUUAGGUAGAGAAUGCAAUUCAAUCUUGGUGAGCGUUUUCGACAUUCUCCUCUCUUCAAGGGACUUUUUGAGCGAAAUUUUGUUAGAUUCAAUUCGCAUCAUCUCUACUUAAAGGAUACAACUCAUUAGGAAGUAGUUGGAACAUAAUAUCUCAGGAAGCAUUAUUCAACCACUUUAGAUAUUAUUGCUGUUGGGAAAUUCACUCAUACAAAGUCCAUACGUGGAUAAUCAUUGGAAUCGAUUCUUAACGUUAUGGAUUAAUAAAAUAUAGGGUCAAAUUAAGUAUAAUCUUGUUAUCGGCAAACUUUAGCCUUUUAUGAUUUGGUUUAUGUAACCGACCCCAUCUUGUUUGACUUCAGAUUUCUUGGAUAUAUGAAAGAUAGAUGAUAAUAAUGUCAAUAUGUUAUGGUAUGAAUCAUGAUGAAUA